AUGGAGCCUAAGAUCACCAUGCGCAAUGCAAAGUGUCGGCUGGAGUGGUGUAAAGUCCGCCGCCAUUGGACUCUGGAGCAGUGGAAACGCAUUCUCCGGGACACGUUCCAGUCUCUGCUAUCCUUCACUCUGAACCUGACCACUGGUCUGUUUGACAGUGCCUAUGAGCCCCUCUCCCAGGACGGUCGCCCCCUGGUGGCAGACCUCUUCUCCGACCUCUCUCUCUUCCUGGGAGGAGACGGCAACACCUCCAUGGAGCGCUCCGUGCACCGCUUCUACGACAACCUCUUCCCGCUGGUUUACCGGCGUCUUAUCAACCCUGGGCUGGCCUCGGCCCCACCCUCCUCUGAGCACAGCGAGUGUCUGCGCAUGACACGCCAGGAUGUCAACCCAUUUGGGUCCCACCCCCGUGUCCUGGCCGAGGGGCUGACCCGCGCUCUGAACGCAGGACGGGCACUGAGCCAGGCGCUGGUGAUAGGGGCAGAGGUGCUGAACGCCACAGAGCGGGCGGGGCUGGCCAGGGAGUGUGGGCGGGCUCUGGUGAGGAUGCAGUACUGCCCCCACUGCAGGGGCCUGACCCUGAUCCGGCCGUGUGGAGGACUGUGUCUGAAUGUGAUGCGGGGCUGCUUGGUAGGGCUCUCGGAGCUGGACGGGCCCUGGAGGCGCUACGUGGCCCUGCUGCAGGAACUGACAGGGGCCCUGGCUGAAGGCCACAACCUGGAGCUGGCUCUGCAGGGCAUCAGGAACCAUGUCAAUGACGCUAUUCUGCACGCACAGCUGCACGGGCCACGUAUCAGUGCCAUCGUUGAUAAAGUAUGUGGGCCUCUCACAGACACUCCGUCAGUGACAAGCAUACGUUCCACCCUGAAGGUCAUGACCUCUGUGAGUACCUCCCCGACCUCGAUGGUGAUGACGUCCUCCCCAGCUGAGGUCACACGGGACCACUUGUCGCAUACCAGGAGGUCCUUUCCUCUGAAACCAUCCAGGAAUAAUAAGCCUAGAAGUCUAGAAAAGAUCUCAAGAGAGUUUAUGGGCUAUAUCCAACGCUACAGGUCCUUCUUCUCUGCGUUGCCAGAGAUGCUUUGUGAGAGUGAGAUGGUGGUGGAUGACUUCACCUGCUGGAGCGGGGAGGAUGUGGUGGAGAGUUAUGUGGGCCGUGUUGUGGGUAACGGCCUUCAGGCCCAGAAAAACAACCCAGAGAUCAAGGUCCGCAGCAUCGACCCCAUCCUGGUGGGAGCUAGAGACAGACUAGAACAUUUCAAACGGGAAAUGCAGGGUCAGAUGGGCUGGACGACAGACUGGGGGGGGUGGGUGGAGAAGGGCAGUGGGACGAGAGAAGAGGCCAGCGGAGAGUGUGACGAUGAGGACGGAUGUCAAGGAUCUGGAGAUGAAGACUUUACCAAUGAGAGAGUGGACGUGGCCAGCACUCAUGUUCCUUUUGGGAAGAGCCCAGCAGUCAGGGAGCCCCCAUGGCACGUCCCCACUGCCCAACCCCCACCACAGGUAGCUGUGAGAGCUGCGGGUCACACCCCAACACCCCACCCAGCUAUCACCAUCACCCUCAUCCUCCUGUCUGCCCUGGCGUUACCAUGGCACCCACUCUGAAACCCCCUCCGCUAAUCACACCGACUGAGCACACAUGAGAGGUGGGGAGCAUUCACAAGAAGGAAAAGCAGGAAGAGGAGGAUGAGAAAAAGGACAAGAGGAGGAGCUCGCCAGCGAACCUGUUGCUUUCCCUCAGCUGCUCCCUGUUUGUUAGUGGGAGCUGGGCUGCAUGGCUGUGUUUGUGCGAUGUAGGAUGUGUCUCAUAAAAUCUCUCUCUCCCUUGCUGCCUUCUCCACUGCUGCCUUCUCCACUGCUUUUUCCUCACUGCCUCCUCCUCUCUGGUUCUCUGGACUGCCUGGUCUGUUGACCAUCAGAUGUGGCCAGCUACACAUCCCACUGCUCUCUAGUAGGGACAACCAUGGUUCUGGUGGUUCUCCUGCGGUCCUUAGAUUUAGGAACAGUAAAGUUCACAAACAGUGCUGAACUGAAGAAUGUAAUCAGGGCCUAAAAAGACAUCAUUUCUCCUCACCUCUCUACACGCAAAGUCAACCGUCAUGUUCUCUGGGGUCUCUCCAUUUGUUACUUAGUUUGCAUUUGAUUAUGCCACCUGUUAAUAGUCACCGAGCAUACUAUACAUGUUUAUAUCGUCCCAUGUGGGACUUAUAUUGUGUAUUCAUGUGUGGGUAUUUGUUUGUGGGUGUUUAUUUACCUAUAUUUACGUCUACAUGUUUCGUGGAAAAGUAUUUGCCCUUUUCUGAUUUUCUCUAUUUUUGCACAUUUUUGAUACUGAAUGUUAUCAGAUCUUCAACCAAAAGCUAAUGUUAGAUAAAGGGAACCUGAGUUUACAAAUAACAAAAACAUUUAUACUUAUUUUAUUUAUUUAAUUAACAAAGUUAUGCAACACCCAAUUCCCCUGUGUGAAAGGUAAUUGCCCCCUUACACUCAAUAACUGGUUGUGCCACCUUUAGCUGCAAUGACUGCAACCAGAUGCUUCCUGUAGUUGUUGGUCAGACUCUCACAUCGCUGUGGAGGAAUGUUAGCCCACUUUUGCAUGCAGAACUGCUUUAACUCAGUGACAUUUGUGGGUUUUCAAGCAUGAAGUGCUUGUAUCAAGUCCUACCACAACAUCCCAAUAGGGAUUAGCUCUGGACUUUGACUAGGCCAUUUCAAAACUUCAAAUUUGUUGCAUUUUAGCCAUUUCAUGUAGACUUGAUUAUGUGUUUUGGAUCAUUGUCUUACUGAAUGACCCAGCUGCACUUCAGCUUCAGCUCGCAGAUGGAUAGCCUGACAUUCUCCUGUAGAAUUCUCUGAUACUGAGCAGAAUUCAUUGUUCCUUCUAUUAAGGCAUGUCGUCCAAGUCCUGAGGCAGCAAAGCAUCCCCAAACCAUCACACUACCACCUCUAUGCUUGACCAUUGGUAUAAGGUUCUAACUGUGGAAUGCAGUGUUUGGUUUUUGCCAGGCAAAAUGGGACCCAUGUCGUCCAAAAAGUUGACUCAAGUAAAAAGCACCUGUGUCAUGUCCUGACCAUAGAACGCCUUUAUUUUCUAUGGUGGAGUAGGUCAGGGCGUGACUGGUGUAGUCCUUGUGUAGUCUAGUUUUUGUAUUUCUAUGUUGGCCUAGUAUGGUUCCCAAUUAGAGGCAGCUGUCUAUCGUUGUCUCUGAUUCGGGAUCAUAUUUAGGUAGCCUUUUCCCACCUGUUGUUUGUGGGAUCUUGUUUUUGUAUUGUUGCUUUUGAGCCCUUCAAGGCUGUACGUUCGUUUGUUUCUCUUUAUUGUUUUGUUGCUGGUUCACAUUUAAAAUAAAUAUUAUUUUAAUUAAUUAAUUAAUAUUGGUCUACCCAUUAUGACGAUCGUUACAACCUGGAAGCACCUGGAUGAAUAUCAAGACUCUUGGAAUAAUGUUCUAUGGAUAGAUGAUUUAAAAGUAUAACUUUUUGGAUGACAUGGUUCCCAUUAUGCCUGGCAAAAACCAAACACUGCAUUCCACAGUUAGAACCACGUACCAACGGUCAAGCAUAAAGGUGGUAGUGUGAUGGUUUGGGGAUGCUUUGCUGCCUCCUUAAUAGAAGGAAUAAUGAAUUCUGCUCUGUAUCAGAGAAUUCUACAGGAGAAAGUCAGGCUAUCCAUCUGCGAGCUGAAGCUGAAGUGCAGCUGGGUCAUUCAGUAAGACAAUGAUCCAUGUAAUUGUUGUGUUAUUUGUUCACUCAGGUUCCCUUGAUCUAAUAUUAAGUUUUAGUUGAAGAUUUGAUAAUUCAUUAUAAAAAUGAUGCAAAAGUAGAGACAAAUAGAAAGGGGGAAAAUACUUUUUCACGGCACUGUCUGUGUUUCUUUACCUAUAAUUUUCUUUCAUUUUAAAACUUGUAAUAAUGGCUUGUACAGUACUAGAACUAACCUACUAGACAAAUGUAAAUACACAUAUUUAUGUAAAUAUACAGUUUGUACUGUAUAAGGAUAGGAUGACAAGGGCUUAAUUGGAGUUGUUGCUGUGGAAAUAUAAACUUCACCAUAUUA